UCAUAAUUCCGCGAAGCAAAUAACAAUUUUAAAGCACAACAAAAUAAUGAAACAAAUUUUGCAUAACCUUUGCCCCAAAAUCUCAAUAUUACUCAAUAUUACUCAAUAUUACUCAAUAUUACUCAAUAUUACUCAAUAUUUCUCAAUAUUACUCAAUAUUACACAUAUUUCAUAUUCUCAUCUUUAACUGGACAUCCAUUUUGUUUAUGCUAAAUCUCCCUUCUAAAAAACUUUGUAAUAUUUUCCCAAAAUGGUUUCCAUAAUUCUGCAUGUUUUGUCGAAUGGUACCCAUAGUUCCGCACAUAUUUCAAAAACUGAUACCGAAAAUUCUGCACUUUUCAGAAAAAAGGUACUCUUAAAAAAAUGGCACGUCCCUGUAUUUUCAAACAUGUUAAGGUACCCCACUCCCCCCGGGGCUACGUGUAAAAAAUGGACCAAGUUACGGUAUUGCUCUUCCGAAACCUUUCCAUCAAAAGGUUUUCGAGGUUCAUGGUGCAAUCCAAUCACUAAAGCCUGGUUUCCAUAUAACUUUUAUGCGUCACCGACGAGUUAAAGUUGGAAAUACCCCAACAAGGUCACCGGCGAUGCUCUGCGAAAUUUGAAUCUAGUUCAACUUUCUUUUUUGUUCUCGGCGCGUUGAGGUAUUCUUCGUUGAGGUUGAGGUGAGGUGUAUAUUUGCUAAAUUUCUAUCGACUUUUCGCCGCAAAAAUUCCAUCGAUCGGAGUCCGUCGAGCAGUUUGCUAUUGUGACCUUUUCUUUAUUUACACACUUACAACUUUUCUCUGUCGACGAUGUCGGCCACUCUGUGUGAACACAUGACCCACACUAGCCAAUCAAAACCAUUUUCAAUCACCAUGCAAACUCUUUACGCGCGAUUUGUUGUCAAGAAAGGCUUUUUAGGAGGCCUGUCUUCAGAGACACGUAAAAGUGCCUCGAACAAAUUUACUUGUCGUUUUACAUGUCGUCGUUGCGUCAGCGACACGUAAAAGUUAUAUGGAUCAUUGGCGAUACUGAAGAAAAUCAUUGGCGGUGCAUCGCCGACGUGUCGCCGAGCGGAGCCCCGAAUCCGUUGGUACUACACAUGAAAGCGAGGCGACAACAUAGCACAGAAGUUCACAGAAGUGAAAUAAGGCAAAGUACCUCUGGAACGGAAAACCAGCAAAUUAAACUUGAAAUACACAAAGUUGUUUUAAAAAAAUUAUUCUGUUGAUAUGAGCUAGUGGUGUUAUGUAAUGAUCAAUCCUUUUUUGUGAGGAACUGUUAAGAUAAUGGCGGGUAUAAAGUACUUUUGUGGUAAGAAUAGCAACAGCUCACCAAGUUUUGUCGUCUGGAACAGCACAACAAAUAAAUUUGGAGAAUGUUUUGAAUGGCUAUGUUUGACAGGCAUCAGUCACUUAAUUUUUGCCAUAGCUUGUGCGUUUGUUUUUGGCAAAGUAAGUAGAAAGAGAGUAGGGCCGACACGAAGUGUAUCGAAGUUUGGUAUGUUCAGAGUAGCUGUCUGCUAUAUGAAUGCUGUGUGUGCACUUAUUGGUGUUAUUGUAGCAUACACUUUUGAAAAACACCACCCGCCUGCUUUUGUUCUCUCCAAGACAAUAACCUUCUCAACAUGGAUCCUGUGUGCCCUACUUUAUCAUAAGUUGACUGGUGUGAGAAAGCUGGCUGCUAUAACUUCAAAGCAAAUACUUUUACCAUUUCUUGUUGUUAUGGUUUCAUCAAGUAUUCAGCUUUAUGACCACCUGGAAAACAAUGUGAUAGUAUUCAAGAAACUUGCCAAUUGGUACACUGUGUCUUAUUUGACACUGAAUGUUAUUUUCUUGCUGAUAAUAGCAAUUAGCUUGUGUUUGACGAGAAAAAGUAAUUUGACAUUAGGAAGGCAGCUAUCAUCACUUAUAUCAGCUGGUAUUCAGCUACCCCCAGACUUUGAUUAUAACAGAGAAGGAUAUUGUGAAGAGGAUGCUUUGUUGGGUACACACAUUGACUCUUAUGAUUCAUGUAAUGUUGGUAGCCCUUCUCUUGUACGAGAAAGUGUUCUAGGUUGGGCAGAAGAAGAGGCCAAUUUUUUUUCAAAAAUUUUUUUCCAUUGGGUUAAUCCUCUGAUGAAAAAAGGAGACAAGACUCUUCUAAGGAGAGCAGAUGACCUUUUUCUUCUUCCAUUAAGCCUCGACACCAAAAUGAUCAAAGAAAUAUUCCAGAGUGUACUGAGAGUCCAAAAGUUGAGUUCUCAUUCAUCCUUCAAAAGAAAUUUAAAAAAUAGGAAUACAAAAAGAUGUGCUACGCUGGAACAUGGAAACGAAAUCAUCAGAAAGCCACUGAAUGUGUCAUUGACAAAAGCUCUUUUCAAAGCUUUUGGAAUGUUCUAUAUGACAGUUGGAAUACUGAAGUUUUUGGCAGACUGUUUAUCAUUUGUUGGACCAAUAUUAUUGAAUAACCUGGUAUCAUUUAUCGAAAAAAAGCAGGAGCCUGUGGAACAUGGAUAUUACUAUGCAUUUGGUUUGAUGAGCUCAACUUUAGUUGGUGCCCUAUUAAAUGCUCAAUUCACUUAUCAGGUUAACAAAGUGCGUUUGCAGUGCAGGGCAGCACUAGUAACAACUGUUUACGAAAAAGCACUCUCCGUAAGCUCAACCUCUUUGUCAGGUUUUUCUACGGGACAGGUCAUAAAUUUCAUGUCAACGGAUACAGACAGAAUAUUAAACUUUUGCAACAGCUUCCAUCAGUUCUGGAGUCUUCCAUUUCAAAUUGCUGUAUCACUCUACUUGCUUUAUCAACAGGUUGGUAUUGCCUUUCUUUCUGGUCUCGGAUUUGCUGUUAUUUUGAUCCCAAUAAAUCGAUGGAUAGCACUGAAAAUCAUGGAAUUCAGUCGCAAAAUGAUGGAUAAAAAAGACCAGCGUGUUAAGUUGAUCAGUGAAUGUCUUUUUGGCAUACGUAUGGUCAAAUUUUGUGCUUGGGAAGAUCAUUUUUUGAAAACCAUUGAGAAGAUAAGGGCAGGUGAGUUAAACUGCCUGAAAGGACGCAAGUAUUUGGAUGCACUUUGUGUUUACUUUUGGGCAACUACGCCAGUUCUGAUUUCCAUUUUAACAUUUGUAACGUACAUACUACUCGGAAACAAGUUGACAGCAGCAAAGGUCUUCACAAGUAUAGCAUUGUUCAAUAUCCUUAUCGCGCCACUGAAUGCUUUUCCCUGGGUCAUCAAUGGGCUGAUGGAAGCUUGGGUGUCCAUCAAAAGAAUUGAGAAGUUCAUGACUCUGCAAGAACUCAAUUUUGAAGAUUACUACUCUUCUUUAACUGAAGGUGUUCUAGAUGAAUCUGAUGGGAGUGUUUUGGAAGUUGACAGUGGAUUGUUCAGGUGGAAAGGUUGGAAGCCUGAUAGAACAAUGUCAGAAGAAGAGCCUGUCAAUCAAGAAUAUGACGUCAUAAAACAGCCGUUUCUGUUAGAGAAUAUCCAUUUACAAAUAAGAAAGGGGGAUUUAAUUGGUGUCAUUGGAAAAGUUGGUUCAGGUAAAAGCUCACUUUUAGCAGCAAUCACUGCUGAAAUGGAACGUUUAGAUGGAAAGGUCUACACUUCGGAUGAAAUCGAUGGUUUUGGUUUUGUCAAUCAAGAUCCUUGGAUUCAACACAUGACUAUUCGUGAAAACAUUCUGUUUGGAAAACCUUUUUACCAGAGGUUUUACCAAGAUGUGAUUGAGGCUUGUGCACUGAGGGAGGAUCUCGAUGCACUGCCUGAUGGGGACCUAACAGAGGUUGGUGAACAUGGUCAUACUUUAAGUGGAGGCCAAAAAGCAAGAAUUUCUCUCGCCAGGGCUGUAUACCAAAAUAAGUGUAUCUAUCUAAUGGACGAUCCAUUCGCAGCUGUCGACGCCCACGUUUCUCAACAUAUUCUGUCAAAGUGCAUGUUAGGAAUGCUAAAGAAAAAAACAAGAAUAAUCUGCACUCAUCACACAAAGUAUUUAUACGACGCUGACUUGAUUAUUGUUGUUGAUAAGGGAUCUAUAGUCAUGUCAGGAACUCCUGAUGAGAUUCUAAAUAGCAGUGAGAUCAGGCAGUUAUCUCUUGAAACAGAAGAUGAAACCCAUCACAAAGAUACUGACAAGGACCUCUAUCAAAGAGAAAGUAGCCCCCCAAAAAAGUCAAAAGAAAGUUUUAAAUCUGGUAAGCUUGUCGAUGAAGAGGAACGAGAGACUGGAAGUGUAGCUUUCAAUGUGUACAAAUCAUACUGGAGGGCUGUUGGGCACAUUCUCUCCGUUGCUGUUAUCAUUUUUCUACUUCUAAUGCAAGCAUCUCGAAAUAUCAGUGAUUGGUGGCUGGCGUACUGGAUAUCAGAGGAAAAAGAGAAGCUUAAUACGUCUUCUAGUCAGGUUCACGUCGAAGAUGACACGCGGUUUUAUAUUAUAGUUUAUGGAGCCUUAGCCGGUGCAAAUACAGUGUUCACGCUGUUCAGGGCAUUUCUGUUUGCAUACGGUGGUGUCAAAGCGGCAAAAGUGGUUCAUAAAAAGCUCCUGACAUCAAUUCUGAAAGCACCGAUAGUGUUUUUUGAUACGACACCGAUUGGAAGGAUUGUCAAUCGAUUUUCAACAGACGUGUACUCUGUAGACGACAGCUUGCCGUUUAUGCUAAACAUAUUUUUGGCACAAGCAUUUGGUGUUUUUGGGACAAUAGCUAUAACCUGCUAUGGAAUUCCUUGGUUCGCGGCUGUCCUGGUGCCACUUGGUGCGGUAUAUGUUUACACACAGAAUUAUUACAGAAAGACCUCAAGAGAGCUAAAGCGAAUUGUCUCCAUCUCGUUGUCGCCUAUUUAUGAGCAUUUUGCGGAGACGUUAUCGGGAUUGUCAACAAUUAGAGCAUUGAGGGAUGUUGCUCGUUUCACUGAAGACAAUGAGACAAAAUUAGAUGCAAGUCAAAGGGCAACUUUUUCAGGAUUUGUUGCAUCACAGUGGCUCAUGCUCAGGCUCCAGCUGAUUGGCGUCGUUAUGGUGACAAUGGUUUCCUUCUUGGCUGUUAUUGAGCAUCAUAUAAGCAGUGUUGACCCAGGUUUGGUUGGUUUAGCCAUAGCUUACGCAUUGUCAAUAACAGACCGAUUGUCAGGCUUGGUGACGUCAUUUACUGAAACUGAAAUGCAAAUGGUUAGCGUGGAAAGAGCACACCAGUAUAUCGAUGGGGCCCCGAAGGAAGAAGAGUUUCCGCAGACGAAACAUCUCAUGACGGUUGAUGACAGUUGGCCUCAGUCAGGAGCGAUUUUGUUCAAGGAUGUGACAUUAGUGUACAGGCCUGACUUGCCUCCCGCUUUGAAGAACCUUAAUCUACAAAUAAGAAGUGGCGAAAAGAUUGGAAUCUGUGGAAGAACCGGCUCUGGAAAAAGCAGUCUUUUUUCUGUCCUCUUCCGGAUGGUUCCAUUAGAAUCUGGUGCCAUUCGAAUAGAUGGUGUCAAUGCAAUAAACAUUCCGUUGAAAGUGUUGAGGUCCAAAAUAGCAAUUAUCCCACAAGAUCCUUUCUUAUUUGAUGGCUCUAUCCGGGAUAACAUCGACCCUCUAGAGAAACACACUGACUCAGAGAUAACCUAUAUGUUAGAAAAGUGUCACGUGCUAGAUUUGGUCACUAAUAUGGGCGGGUUGGACGGAAGUGUAGGAGAAAGAGGCCAGAAUCUUUCUGUUGGACAAAAGCAGCUAUUUACAUUGGCAAGGGCGUUACUUAGAAAUUCAAAGAUAAUAUGCAUUGAUGAAGCUACGGCCAACGUUGAUUUGGAGACAGAUAAGUUGAUACAACAGACAAUUAAAACUGAAUUGAAAAACAGCACCGUUCUGACUAUUUCUCACAGAAUGGAUACAAUUUUGGAGAGUGACAGGGUGAUAGUGAUGAGCAAGGGAAUUGUGGUCGAGUUUGAUGAUCCAGCUGUUCUAAUGUUGAACACCAAGUCCAUGUUCUACUCACUUGUCAAUGGAAUUUCUAAGUGAAAGGAAAAGCAGACAGACAUUAGUAAAAAAAGGGGGAAAUGUGUUCAAAUUUUCCAUUUUUUUCAAAGAAACCAUAAUUUUUUUUUGAAAUCCCAAAGCCUCACUACCAUUGUCCAUGACAGGAUAAAACCCGCCAUUUUGAACUAAAAUCGAAAUUAUUUAAAAGUGGUUGUGUCUCGGCAUUCUGGCCUUGAGAUUUGCUCUUCAAGUACUUGUUCCUAAAUGAAUCUUUUCCAUUACCUAUUUUUCAUGAAUGGGCAAAAAGUCUUUGAUUUUGUGAUUUCUACAAGCACUGUUCCCCUGAAAUAUGUAAACUAACUCCGUGGACAUAGAGCUUUGGGGCCUUAAAUAUAUAAUUAUGGCCUGAUAGUUUCUAUCAAUGCUUCUCAAAGUCCGCUUGAGGUUACCACUUAAACCUGAAAAAUAUUUGUCAACCUAGGGUUCUACUAUUAUGUACCCUGUACACAGUGCUCUGAACGUGAACCUUUGAGCUAUUGAAAAGGAAUUUUCCUUGCUCGUUGUGUUUUAUAUUACUCUGGUUUCUCCUUAAAUUUGAUAAAACGUUUUGCCCAUAACGUGGAUUUCCUCAUGAUGAAAUAAUAGGUUUAACUACAUUUUUUAGAUUCACUUUGUGCCAUAUAUGAUGUCACAGGGGUCUUUUUUAAACAUACCAGCUUGAUUGUGAUGUCAAAUUUUCCAUUUGAGAAAUAUGGGCUGCGUUUUAUUUCUUGAAAAGAAGUACUUGCCAUUAAAAUUUAUAAUGUGAAAAAUAAUUAUUUAUGAUGAGUUUCAAUCUUCUUGUCUUUUUGUUGUAGUUUCUCUGUAAAAAUGAAAACAAAACAUUUCAAACUCUUAGAA